AUGGACUAUUUUUUUUUCUUCAACCUCCUUUUCAGUUUUCCUUCUUUUAUUUAUCCUCUUCUUCUUUCAUUCUCCUCUCUCUUCUAUUCCCCUCUAUUCUAUCUCUCUUUUCUAUUUUUCUCUCUUCAUUUUCUCUCUCUUCCUUCAAUUUUUCUCUCUUCAAUUUCUCUCCCCUUUAUUUCCCUCUCUCUAUCCCUCUCUCUUCUAUUUCCCUCUCUUCAAAUUCUCUCUUCUAUUUGUCUGUCUUCUCUUCCUCCCUAUAAUCCCUCUGUGUUUCUUUAUAUCAUCCACUUCCUCUUCCUAUUUUUUACUACUUCCUUCUCUUUCUUCAUUAAUUACUCCCCCUUAUCCAACUCUUCUUCAUCUCCAACUCUCUCCUUUUCCUUUUUACAGUUUCUUUUUUCUCUUUCUCCCCCUUUUUUAUAUACUUCCUCUUUUCCAUUUCUUCCACGUCUUCCUUUUCACGUACUUUAUUUUUUAACUUCUACUCCUCCUUUUCCUUCUUUUUACCUCUUCCAUUUUCUCCUCAACUCUUCAAUUUUGCUAAACUUAAUAGCUGAGCAAAGAACACUCUCUCGAUUUGGUAGCAAACAAGAUUAA